UAUAAGCAAAAGUGUCAGUGAAAAAGAUGGCAACCGCUGUUGCUGCUGGAAUUUUCAAUUAAUAUUCUCGGAAAAACUGCAGUUUUCCGUGGACUGAAAGAGUAAUUUAGUAGAUUUUCUGCUACUAAAUGGAAAUCUAAUUCGCUAAAGCCGUUCAUCCGUAGCGACAGCACCUACCACAAGCCCCGCGGGGAUGUCCACCAGUGACGGAGACCAAUUUCUAGCUCCUAGUUUGUUGUCCUCGUCAUCUUUGGCUCGUUCUCACGCGUACAGACACACGGAAACGAUGGUGAACAAUUCGAUGGUAUCGGUCAAGCCCUCCUCUGCGGUCGCCUUGGAGGGGGCGGAUGUGUACCACUACAAAGAACCUGGUGAAAUGCAAACCAAGCAGCAGAUUAUCAUCCAGGAGUUUCUUAACAGCAGUCACACAGGAUCUUACGUGAACCACCACCAGCAGCUCUAUCCGCCGACAGGUAGCGCAAAUGGAAGUCCUUCGAGUACAAUGAACAACAGUUCCAUAACGAUUUUGACAUCUCACCAGAACAACUCGCCACCGACCAGUGGGUUGACAGCGAAAAACCGAUCCACCAUGGUGCUGGACCGCAUCAAUAUCUGUAUUAAUAAUCAUUUCAAUGAACCUGCGCAGUUGGCUGGUUUGGCGGAUGUUGGAGGUGCAAAUUCAAUUAAAGCGGCGAAUGAGAAGCGGUCCAGCACAGAUUUGGAACCAGAUUCGACAACUUCUUCGCUAGGACAGCUUCCGGUGACACCGGAGAAAAAUAGAACCGAGUUUAAACUGCAAGAGGACGUGCUGGUGGAACACAAGGAUGGUCGGUUCUACCUGGGAACCAUCAUUGCCAUCGGCAACAGCCAGUGUCUGGUGCGGUUUAAUGAUAAUACAGAAUGUUGGUCCGAUUUUCGGGAGCUGACAAAGUUGAGCAGCAAUGAGACAGACGAUUCACCGGCCUGUGUAGUUUGUAAGCAGCACAAUGCAGUCGAUAGUGUGGAGGUGUGUGAGAAUUGCGGGCGAGGUUAUCACAUCAAGUGUAUGGAUGGAAACUUCGAGCGAAAUGGAUAUUGGUUUUGCCGGAUGUGUACAUCGCCGAAUGGCAAGAAAAAGGACAUUCGGUAUGUCUGUUCCGGUGUGUUGUCUGAAUCAUUGGAUCCAUUGACCGACAAGUCGCAGCUGCCGUAUGAUAUAGACCAGCUCACUUGGGACGCCCAGCAUCUGACAAACACCGAACAGCACUACUGCUACUGUGGCGACGAUGGCAACUGGCUGAGAGAAAUGAUUCAGUGCUGCCGCUGUCAGCAGUGGUUCCAUGGACGGUGUAUUCGAAGUCUGCAGUAUCCGAUAUUCCUGGGUGAUCGGUUCUAUUUUUUCAUUUGUUCGAUCUGCAAUCACGGUCAUGAAUUUGUCCGACGGUUGGAGGUCGGUUGGUCAGAUCUGACCCAUCUGGCACUGUACAAUUUGAUAGCUCGGAACGGCAAGCGCUUCUACGAUGUGACUAAAGCUAUAGCGUCCUACGUGGAAGACAACUGGAAGACACUGCAGAUGCCGGAUCAGAUGGCCAAACUAUCACCGAAUGCAAGAAAAGAAAUCCUCACGCAAACGCUAAACAACGACAAAAUGCGUUUCAAGUGUGCAGCUGAAGGAAGCACACUAUGGACACUGCGAAUACCGCAACCACCGAGCCCACCAAAUGUGCUACUUCUGCCAGGGCAAAUCAUCACCGAGCACAUCCUGACACAGAUGUCCAAAGAGAACCGAGUCUAUCGAUUCCUACCGAGAGUCGCUCUGGAGAAAGCCUUUGUCAAUGACGCUCUAAGCCGGGAAAAAAUGACUGGCGUCAACUACUGCUCCCCGUUGGUGUCGGAAGACGAUGCUUCCGACGUGUCCGACGGUACAAAUCCAGAGGAGAAUAGUUCCGAAUUCGAAGCUGCAACCGGUGCUGGCACCGGUGAGCUUUUGAUCACGCGUGGCGGCGAAGGCUGCGGUUUGGCCUCCAUUAACGGAGCGAUCGUCGCUGAUCCAGCUCGACAGAACAGUGUUGCAAUAUAUGCCAGUACAGGGAAAAAAUCUAGUUCAAAUUUAAGUGAUUCGCUGUUCAGUUCUAACGCAAAGGACGGAUUUCAGUUUGGGCCCAGCAUCGGCAUAGGGUCGAAAGCACAAAGUGAGACGGGAAGUAACAUCAGUGGUGUCGGCAAUCGGAGAGCGUUCAAAACGAAAUCGAAGAAAACCGAGAGCGAUAAAUCACUAGACAUUUACGAUUCAUCGGAUGACACCUCGAGAAACACGUUGGAUUUGAUCAUACCUCAUCCCAAAGAUUUCAGCGGGAAAAACAAUCCCUUUCAUCAACCGGCGGCAGCUACCGGUACUACAGGCGGCAGUACCGUCGGUACAGGGAUAACGAAAAGCAACGAAACAAAAGACUUAAUGCAAAAGGCUAGUACCAGUAAUCCUAAUCAAAUAAGUAGUAAUCUAGUGAACGGAGAAAUGCGUGUGGCACGAAUCGUCAAGCGGAGACUCAGCGCUCGGGAUAUUCUGAACGGAUCAAAGUACAAACGAAGAAAGUUCCGAAAAUGUUCGGUCAUUGGGACUACAUUAACAACCAUUCCUACUUCUUCUGCUCCUGCACCCGUGCUGGGUCAAUCAUCUACACUGAUUGCAUCGCUUUUCUCGCAACCAGUGGACAGCAGCGGCUGGACAAGUCAAAUCGUACUAAAUCAGUUGCUGCCCUCGUCCUCCUCCUCAGGAAGUAGCACACCACCCAGCUGUUCCCAUUCCGCUAACAUUCAGCCAAAUAUGAUGGUUCCUCAAACAGCGCUGUCUGUCUCAACCGCAACCACUGCCAACUCGUCGUCAUCCUCUCCAGCCACCCUCCAACUGGUGCCAAACAGCCAAGCACCAUCCAAACGUAGUCCCGCCCACGGCCGAAGGCUUCGGCAGCGCCAGGAGCGCAACUAUGCAGAGUCAUCUAGGCGUCCAAGUGUCGCGUUUUCCAGCGGUACAGCAGCGACGGAUGCGCUAGCAAUCAGUGAACCCUCUUCGCCCAUCAAAAGUGGACCGCUAAUCGGUGCGGUUGCCAGCGGAUCCAACGGACCUGAUCUACAGUCGUCUUUGAAUUUGUACUUCGGUGCCGCUCAUCGUAUUCUCAGUGGUGAAAGGUUUGUCAUCAAGGGCAAACGGGUAGCACUUUCCGGUAAGGUGCAGUACCUCAUCGAGUGGGAAGGCUGCCCGGCGGCGCAGGUAAUGUAAGUUUUAUCAUGUCCUAAUAUCCAAGCUAGAUGCAGGUAUUUUAUGAAGGGAAAAUUAACCAGGAAUCAGGUAUCAGGAAUAGUAUCUGGAUUUUAAUUAAAUUGUUUUGGGUGUUUUAAAUUAUCCUGUUUUUAUGAGCGGCAGUGUGUAUAGCAGAGAUAGGAACAGCAAGAGUUGGGGGUAGGUUAACUAUUAGGGGGAUAUUUGUUCGGGGCAUACAUCAAUACACUUCUUUCCGUAGUUGGCACAAUGUCGCUGUGUCCCAGUCUCCGGUGCCACAUGUGCUAGCAUUCGUUAUUGUGCUGUUUCCUAUUGACAAGAAGGGAAUAACCGGCUGCAUUAGUAGAGACCAAAGAUCCGAUAGUCAUUGUUAGACGGAGACGUUGACGCGAGCCAAUCGAGUAUUACGUUACAUUUUCUUUUUUUUGCAUCCAAGUGAACUAUCUAUGAUCGCCAGUCAGUCCCAUGUAGAUAGAGAAUCCCAAAUAAUCCAAAUAAGUAACUUUUCGCAUGUAACACCAUGAGUUGUUCGCGCAAUUAUAAAAAAGUUGGAACAA